UAACUAUUAUUGUGAUAAGCAUUCGAAAGUAAAGUGAUCUCAACAAGAUUUUGUUCCAUUUUUGACAAUUUCUGACAAGUUUGGAUUCCUGAGAAGUCGGAUUUAUUUACUCCUUAGACAGCCACAAUUGUGAUGACAAAGUGUUAAUAACGUCUGCUGACCAUCUCUCAGCAUGUUAAAGAUUGACUCGGCCUCGGUGGAGGAGUGUGGGGCAUGAGCCUGAGUGAGAAUCACAUGGUAUUUGAUCUCGAAAUGGGUGAUUCAACCAACACGAAUAUGAACAACACACAUUCAUCGCAAUCAGAGUACGAUUAUUUAAUCAAAUUCCUCGCUUUAGGUGACUCUGGUGUGGGGAAGACCAGCUUCCUCUAUCAAUACACCGACGCCACAUUCAACAAUAAGUUUAUAUCAACUGUAGGGAUCGACUUUAGAGAAAAACGAAUAGUUCACCGAGCGCCAGCAGUAGAUGGGUCGGUGGGCAGAAGUCAAAGGAUUCAUUUACAGUUGUGGGACACGGCGGGGCAGGAAAGGUUCCGGAGUUUAACCACCGCGUUCUUCCGUGAUGCAAUGGGAUUCCUCCUGCUGUUCGAUCUGACGAAUGAGUUGUCGUUCACGAAUACGCGAAACUGGAUCUCUCAGCUUCAGCUGCACGCCUACUGUGAUAAUCCCGAUAUCGUGUUGUGCGGGAAUAAGGCAGAUUUGGAGGAUCAGAGACAGGUGUCCGAGGAACGGGCCAAAGAGUUGGCUGAAAAAUAUGGGCUCCCAUACUUUGAAACGAGCGCCGCCACAGGACAAAACGUUACCAAGGCGAUGGAGUGUCUGUUGGAACACGUCAUGCUACGUAUGGAGCGCUGCAUCGACAAGUCUCAGCUUCCCGGCGUACGACAAAACCAGAGACUAACGUCCUCGGACGCUGACGCCGCAGGGAAGGAUAAUAAAUGUGCUUGCUAGUCAGUUUGGUUGCUAUGGCGAUGCAGCUGUUUGGUUGCUGUGGCGAUGCAGCUGUUUGGUUGCUAUGGCGAUGCAGCUGUUUGGUUGCUAUGGCAAUACAGCUGUUUGAAAACAAUGUGAUGUUGCUAUUGGUUACCAAUGCUUUGUUGCUAUGGCAAUAUUGCUGUUACUAGGACAUGUGAUGUUGCCAAAGCGAUGCAGCUGUUAAUAACAAAUGUGUUGUUGCUAUGGCGAUGCAGCUAUUUGUAAACUGUGUGAAAUUGGUUUACCAAAACAGCUAUUAAUAAAAAAAUGUGAUGUUGUAAAAAAUGACCCCCAAACUUCAGACCCCAAUGUGAUAGGAACUUGUAAUCGGUGACUCAUAUGGACAGAUGUUUUGCUGAAAUGGAAGAAGUGUUGCUAUGGUGAUGCAGCUAUUUCAGUUGUGAUACAGUUGUUGCUAACUAUACUAUGUUACCGUGGCAACGUAGCUGUUGCUAAGGUGAUGCAGCUGUUUCAGUUGUGAUACAGCUAUUGCUAACUGUACUAUGUUACCAUGGCAUUAUAUCUGUUGCCAAGGUGAUGCAGCUGUUUCAGUUGUGAUACAGCUAACUAUACUAUGUUACCAUGGCAACGUAGCCGUUGCUAAGGUGAUGCAGCUGUUGUCGUUGUGAUACAGCUGUUGCUAACUGCACUAUGUUACCAUAGCAUUAUAUCUGUUGCCAAGGUGAUGUAGCUGUUUCAGUUGUGAUACAGCUGUUUCUAACUAUACUAUGUUACCGUGACAACGUAGCUGUUGCUAAGGUGAUGCACGUAUUGCCAUUGUUAUACAGCUGUUGCUAACUAGAUCCAUGUUAGCAUGGUGAUUACAGCUUUAGAAAACUGGACCCCCCCAUUAUGUGAUAAUGAGUUCCAUGAUUGGCUGUGUGAAAACGGACAUUUUAAAAGUUGUGCUGCGUUCGUUGUUAAAACUUUUCGAGUAUUGUUCACCUUGGGAGAGUCCCGAUUAACAUCAACAUUAUUUAUGACAUCUUGUCUAUCCAUACUUGGUCUUCCAAAGACGUAACUAUUUUAAGGUAUUAGUCUGUCCUGCUCUAUGUUAGGGACUGAAAGCCUCUUUAGAAAAAUUUUGUGUCACUUCUCGUAGUUGUAAAUGAGGCCAAUUGUAAGAGUGAAGUUAGGCCUAUGCUAAAAUUACUUUCGUGUAUUUACUAGUCCGUUUAAACCAAGUCGUGUACUCUUGUAAAUAUGACCUCUGCUGACCUCAUACUACAAAUGAGAGAUUUUUGUCGCAUGCAAUAUUCAUUGCAGGUUGCUGGAACAUAAAUCUUACGUUAUUAAGGACUUUCAUAUCGAUAAAGAAACUUUUCUCUGCUGACCCUAAAACUGUAAUUCUGAUACAACUUUAUAAGAUCAACUUGAAAAUCAGUUCGCCAACAAACUGAGAAUUACUUGUAUUCAAGGUAGGCACUCCAACUUACCGAGUGGCCUGCUCUGUGGAGAGCCUGGGAAUAUGUGAACACUCAAAUAUGUCAAAGACAGUUGUUAUCCGACGUUUAAAAAAGGUCAGAUUCCUCCUUUCCUGGGGGAGGCAGCUCGGCAAGUUGGAACGCGUGCCUGAUUCUCAGCAUGUUGGCGGUCCUCCUGAACAAUGUCAACCAACUUCCACCAGGUUAAAGUCAGGUUUCAAGUCAUCAAAAUGAAAUUUAGUUCUUAUUAACGAAUAAAGUGGACCAUUUAACACAUUUUCUGAAAAUUUCCUGACAUUUUGGUGUUGGAUAAUGGAGUUAUCUGAAAUCAUAACCUGAAAAUGGAUAACAUGAAAAUUUCCUGACAUUUUGGUGUUAGAUAAUGGAGUUGUUGUCUGAAAUCAUAACCUGAAAAUGGAUAACCUGAAAAUUUCCUGACAUUUUGGUGUUAGAUAAUGGAGUUGUGGUCUGAAAUCAUAACCUGAAAAUGGAUAACCUGAAAAUUUCCUGACAUUUUGGUGUUCGAUAAUGGAGUUGUUGUCUGAAAUCAUAACCUGAAAAUGGAUAACCUGAAAAUUUCCUGACAUUUUGGUGUUAGAUAAUGGAGUUGUUGUCUGAAAUCAUAACCUGAAAAUGGAUAACCUGAAAAUUUCCUGACAUUUUGGUGUUCGAUAAUGGAGUUGUUGUCUGAAAUCACAAACGUCAAGUUAGUUGGGAGACCUCUCAUUUCUUCCAAGUCGAAUCCAAGAUGGCCGCCGGCUGCAAUGAUGGCCGCCGGCUGCAAUGAUGGACGCUUGUUCAUUUUACGACAACUCUCUCAUCUUGUGGGGUCGAGCAAGAUGGGAAACUUCACAUCCACAUUGAAUAUCUGGGAAUGAUAGUUUGGGGCCUUGUCGUAAUAUAUAAAGUACACACAACAAGAUGAUUCUGUAAGACAUAAUUAUAAGGAAAGUGGAUGACGAUUGGUCGAAAGGUUAAGUGGUCUGAUUGACGCUGUGAUUGAUAGGUCAUGAUAGGCCUGACGCUAGCUGCAAGGUUGGUGAAUGCAAUACAUCUUAGGCCGAAGUUACAUAGACCUCAUUCGUUCAUUUCCCAGGACUCAUUUUCCCCUUUUGCUUCCGUUCCCCUGUAAAAGCACGGCCUUGUGGUGUGCAUUCACCGAGGAAUGAAAGAAAAAACCCGGAAAGUGACUCGUGGUAAAUGAACGAAUGAGGCCUAUGUAACUUCGGCCUUACAAACACGCACACACGUCAUGAAAUAUUUAGGAAACGUGGAAAAUUUGCAAAUUCAUUUAUGACCAUUAGAUUUUGUUUUGAUGACUUUGAACUUGAUUUUAAAGCUAACUGGAACCGCCGAGCGAUUUAUUCAACUUUUCGACUUUCACCGCCCGAGAAAGUCGAGUUCAGAUUUGUAGCUCCGCCCCCAGUGCCCGAGCAUGCGCAGUUCAAUUUGUUAUUAUUGAGAAUCAUGUGAGAAUCACGUGAGUCAUGCGAUCUUUCAUUCAUGAAUUUUCGUAGUAAAUUCCAUAGUAGUGACGUCACUGAAUGAUUGACAGCUAGGCGCCAUGUUUCAUUCAUGCCUCGUUCUGAUCACCCGAUACGCGGGAAAUGAAAACGAGGUCAUACGAACUGGCUUGGCGGUUCCAGUUCGCUUUAAACCUGAAGACGCCAUUUUGGAUCACCCUUUAUGGUACCAGAAUAUAUCCAACCCACCCAAUUUUUGCUGUAUAUAUAAUUGGUGCUUUGACCAAUUUAAAUAUGUUCAAUCCAUUCCAUAUAUAUAUAUUUUCAAAACUUUGGCAUCUGUUAUCCUGUAAAAGUAUUUUCUACAAUUUCCUUAUGAUCUGAUCUCUGAUUGUUGUAAACUAUUGUUAACCCCUAAAUGUUCACUUCGGGUUACACACUGUAGUCUAUUACACGCUGUAAUCUAUUACACGCUGUAAUUGAAUAGAAACAAGCAACUUGGGACCAAAACUAGUGUCUUUAAUAGAGAGGUUGUCCUUAAUAGAGUGGUUGUCCUUAAUAGAGAGGUGUCCGCAAAGGGAGGUUCCAGUGUAAUUAUUCUUCCAACGUGUGGAUUGGGCGGAUGUGGGGGAUGGUAAAUUCGCUCAGUAACGUGAUAUUCUCUAGUCAAAAAAAUACAUACAUCUGUAUCUUAAAGGAGGAGUGUCUUUAGUGAAUGAACUAAGACAGUCUUCCUUUAAAAACAAAUAAGAUGUAAUUAGUUGCUUCGACUUGAAAUUAGUGUAGAUUGUUCUUCUUUGUUUUAGUGUGUAUCACUUUGGUAUCUGAUUGCACCAGUUAUGGCCCAGUCGAUAUGUUAAUUAACUCGUGUUUCUCUCCUGUUCCUUGAAAAAUUGUAAUUGAAUUUGAAAUUGCGUCAACACGUCCUGGAUAUGAAUUUCAACAUUGCCAGUGUGAAGACAGAUAUAGAAUAUAUGCAUGCCAGGUUUUAGCAAAUUUGGAUGCAUAAUGAUUUCACAUACAGUCCAAAUCACAAUUGUCAUCCCUAAAUUUUGCACCAUUAGUAAUCAUUGACGCCCUACCCAGGGCAUAGGUCGCACGUAAGUCAGCGUAGGUCGCAUGUAAGUCGGCGUAGGUCGCGUGUAAGUCGGUGUAGGUCGCGUGCAAGUCGGCAUAGGUCGUGUGUAAGUCAGCGUAGGUCGCAUGUAAGUCGGUGUAGGUCGCAUGCAAGUCGGCAUAGGUCGUGUGUAAGUCAGCGUAGGUCGCGUGCAAGUCGGCGUAGGUCGCGUGUAAGUCGGCGUAGGUCGUGUGUAAGUCAGCGUAGGUCGCGUGUAAGUCGGCGUAGGUCGCGUGUAAGUCAGCGUAGGUCGCGCAUAACUUACACAUAACAUAGAGAGAUAAGCACGUCAUUAGCACGUAACUACCACGUACAUUGCACAUCAUAGUUCUGUCAGCUUGGUUGUGACGCACUCCAGAGACGCGCAAUUGACAAAGCGAUCCAAUAAAGUGUAUUUUCUCUUCUAUUUUUCUACUAUUGAUGGUUUAUAUUUUAUUAAGAUUCACCUUGUUACAUCUGGUAAAAGGCCUACGUCGUUUGUCAGAAAUUUUGAAUUUGUAAUUGAAUUGAAGAUGUCCAACUGCGGAAAUACAUACAGAAUAUAAAUUUCAACAUUGCCAUUGUGUCGACUGAUAUACAAAUACUAUGAAUACCAAGUUUCAACAAAUUUGAAUGCGCAAUAACUGCACUACGGCAUUGUGUAUUAGUGGAUUUCUAUUUAACUGGACCACAAGUAAUUACGAACGGCAUACCUUUAAUGAUAACUCUUCGUAUGAAUUGACGUGAUGAUUUUAGAUUCCUCAAUAUCGUAGAACAAGAAAUUUUGGCGGCAUAAAGAUGACAAAUGCAAUACCAAACAAUGGAAAUAUUCACGGCAGUAUAUAUAUUUGUGAGUCAAAAAUAUUUUUCCUUAAACUCUUAAAUCCCAAAACUUGAAAAUCCCGGGAUCCCAGUGUGGCCACGUGGUUGCGAAAUUGGGUCUGACUUUCACGAUGUAUAGCCUACACCUUCCAGAAAUGAGGCGCUGAGUGUCCGAAAUAGUGAUGUCAUAAGGGGAAACUAGGCCUUAUGGUGGAGGGACAAAGGAGAUAGUCAUGGUUGACCAACACACUUGAAUGCCUUUAAUGACGGACAAGGGGAAAAAAGUUAGUUCCAAUGCAAGCCACCAAUUUCGGGAAGCAUGUAUAGCGCCUGCAUACAACCGCCAAAGUCCGGUACCGAGGCGCCAUCUACCCAGGCAAGCUCUAACUGACCCUACUCUACAUCAAACACGCUGAAACAAGCAAUAAACUAGCGUCCCAGCUCAAGGGAAUAAAAAUAUCACAGAGACUGACCUGUCGGUCGUUGGGAAAAAACGUGAUUUCAAAAUGACCGACUGGUCGGUCAACGGGAUUCAAGAGGUUAAGAUCAAUGUGGGCGAUUUUGUAAUUAGGUCCUGUGGUGUAGAUGUCUAUAUUGUAAUUGUUUACUAAAAGCCAGUGUCAACAGGUCUCAUUGCAACGAGUGAUUAAGCCUUGAGCACACAAACAUGGGCAUUAAUUAGAAUAACACACAUAUAUUGGCAUUUAUUAAUUAGGUAAAAGUAAUUUAAGCUGUGUGAAAUUGGGUGUGUUAGGCAUAAUUAUGAUAUGUGCUACUUGCUGAGGUUUUAUACACAAUCCCGUAAUCACCACUCUGUAUACCGUUAUUAAGACAAAGUGAAUUAGACAAUGGUCAUUUUAGACAAUGGUCAUUUUAGACAAUGGUCAUUUUAGACAAUGGUCAUUUUAGACAAUGGUAAUCUAGACGAUGGUCAUUUUAGACAAUGGUAAAUUAGACCAAUCAAUCAAUCAAUAAAUGUUGACAUUUGUAGAGCGCUCCAGUUACUCAGCAAGUGGGUAUUCUGGAGCGCUUUUUCCCCAGAGGCAACUGCCAAAUGGUGGGCCUUCAGGAGGGACUUGAAAGUCCGGAGGGAAUCAAUGUUACGGAGCUUUUGUGGCAGCUGGUUCCACAGUUUUGGAGCAGCUACUGCAAAGGAACGACCACCAAGAGUCUGGCACUUGAACCGAGGAACCUCAAGGAACAUUGCAGAUCCUGAUCUGAGGCUUUGGCAAUCGAUCCUUCUUAACUGAAUCAUGGAUCUGAGAUAUCCUGGAGCCUCCACAGUCCAGCACUAGAACACCUAGAGCAGAAUCUUGUACUGGCUCCUGAGCUUGACUGGUAGUCAGUGCAGGUGAACCAGCAAAGGGAAAAUAUGGUCGAACUUAGACAAUGGUAAACUAGACACAAGGAUAGGUUAAUUAGACAACGGUAAACUAGACACAAGGAUAGGUUAAUUAGACAACGGUAAACUAGACACAAGGAUAGGUUAAUUAGACAACGGUAAACUAGACACAAGGAUAGGUUAAUUAGACAACGGUAAACUAGACACAAGGAUAGGUUAAUUAGACAACGGUAAACUAGACACAAGGAUAGGUUAAUUAGACAACGGUAAACUAGACACAAGUAUAGGUUAAUCAGACAAUGGUAAACUAGACACAAGGAUAGGUAAAUUAGACAACGGUAAACUAGACACAAGGAUAGGUAAAUUAGACAACGGUAAACUAGACUCGAGGAUAGGUUAAUUAGACAAUGGUAAACUAGACACAAGGAUAGGUAAAUUAGACAAUGGUAAACUAGACACAAGGAUAGGUUAAUUAGACAAUGGUAAGCUAGACACAAGGAUAGGUUAAUUUGACAACAGUAAACUAGACACAAGGACAGGUAAAUUAGACAAUGGUAAACUAGACACAAGGAUAGGUAAAUCAGACAAUGGUAAACUAGACACAAGGAUAGGUUAAUUAGACAAUGGUAAACUAGACUCAAGGAUAGGUUAAUUAGACAAUGGUAAACUAGACUCAAGGAUAUGUUAAUUAGACAAUAGUAAACUAGACUCAAGGAUAUGUUAAUUAGACAAUAGUAAACUAGACUCAAGGAUAGGUAAAUUAGACAAUGGAGGUACUAUCUUAGUGUAGUACAUCCGAUUAGGAAUGUAUUCUUUUUGGGAGUUGGCAUGAUCUUAGGCCUAUCCAUGAGGCAUUCCCAUGGCCUGCGGGUCAAGUCUGAUGUCAAACACCGAUUAUCAUUGUCUAAUUUACUUUGUCUAAAAUACUGUUGUCUAAUUAACUUUUGUCUAAAUAACCUGGAUUCCCUCUGUAUAGUCUAUUAGCUUGGAUCGACAUCGGGCCUACUUAUGCAAUGCCCUUGUGGGAACAUGGUAACAAUGACAUGGAAUUCCUGCUAAAAAGCUAGACGUUUUUGCAGCAGAACAUUUCCGUGAGCAUGAUUUACUCGUAAAAUUAGCGAAAAUAUCCACCACGCGAAAUCUUUCUUUUUUACAGUAUGGUGUUUAGAAUAUGUGUCAAAUUAACUUCAUGUUUUCUCUACUUUUCUAUUGCAUUACUAACUUAGUUUACUAUUCAGAAUCAAAAGUGUAUGAUAUUUUUUGUGACGCCUUGUAGUAUUGGCCUAUACCUGGUGGGUUUUCAGUGGAAGUGAUUUGGCUUGCAUUUAAAGGGACGACUUGGCGUGGGAUUUAUUGGGCCAGGAUGAUAAUGUGCCGAUUUGCCAACAUGCACCGCCACAGGUAUCAUCAUUAAAUGCUGAUUUAAAAAAAUGAUUUCCAUUUGUGUAGAGGUUCGGUUUGGAUUUCAGUUUGGGGAUUUGUCAACUAUCUUCUUAAAGGGGGACUAUAGGCAGGAGCAGAGGGGCUUAUUUGGCCAUCUUCAGGUGACUAAUAUACACAGUAAGGGCCCUGGGUCAUGUCAGAUUCAGUGCUAAAUAUACAGUGGAACCUCCCUUAGCGGACACCUCUCUAUUAAGGACACUAGUUUUGGUCCCAAAUGUUUUGUUUCCAUUCAAUUUGACCUCUCUAAUCAGGACACCUAUUAAGGACAGAAUCGAGGGUGUCCUUAAUAGAGAGGUUCCACUGGAUUCCUCGUACAAGCGUGAAUCAUUUCAACGUACUGUGAGAUGUGAGAGACCCCUAUUGGCGACAUUGUGUAACUUUAUCUUGCCAACCUAGCUGCUGCCUAUAUUGUCCCUUUAAGAGAACUCAAGGCCCAGCUGGAAGUCGUUUCCGUAUGAAAAACCAACAUAUCUCAUACCCGAAUUGUCCCUUUAAAUGAAAUUUUACCUGCCUGUAAUAUCCAGUAUAUUUCUCUAUUUUUCUACUAUAUUGCUAAAUUUAUAAUUUGCUAUUUCACUCACAUGAGUUGUAAAACAAAAUUUGCUACAUUGUAUGAUAAAUAUUUAAUUUGUAUAUUUUGCGAUCCCCCAUAAUGGACUCAAGUUGUAUAUUUUGCGAUAAACUUAAAGACAAAGUCCAUUUGUAAAUCUGUUUAUACUGUGUCCACAUCCUGAUUAUACUAGUUACAGGGCCGCAGUAGACACACCUGAAUCCUUAAAGGCGCCGUUUGUUACAUAUUUGAAACUUGUAAUCGAAUUUGAAUAUUUCCAAUCUGGUAAAUACCCACUGGAUAUAAAUUUUGACAAUGCCAUUGUGUAGACUGAUAUACACAUACUAUGAAUACCAAGUUUCAGCAAAUUUGCAUGCACGAUAACUGCACUACGGCAUUGUGUAUAACUGCAUUUCUAUUUCCCUGGACCACUAGUAUUUACAAACGGCGUACCCCCUUUAAUUGCUAGAGAAUCUGAGCGGCGAAAGGAAUUGAAAGGAUUGCCUUUCAACCAACCGUCUGACAAUAGAUUCUGGCAAGUCGCAUGUCUAUUUCACUUUGUAAACAAAUUCGCAAGUGGACUCAGCCUUUAAAUUGUGUACAUUUUCUGAGCAUCAUGUCAUAAAAACGCCCCCUAUUGUUCAUAACUUGCUGAUCUAAAUUGUGAUGACCAUAUGAGAAAUAAAAUCUAUAUUCAU